AUGUCACCUCCCUUGGGUUUUGUUAAGUUAAAUGUUGAUGCGGCUGCUAGAACAAAUCCCAGAGACUUAGCAGCUGGUGGUUUAUUUCACAAUGAUAAUGGAGAAUGGUUAUUUGGCUUCACUUGUCGUGCGGGUUAUGGUCAUAUAACUAAGGAUGAACUUAUUGCUAUUCUUCAUGGCUUUCGUAAAGUUAUUGUUGAAUCAGCUUCCUUGCAAACAGUUAGAUGUGAAGCUAGUGGUGUUCAUGAGUCAACCUAUGCAAAACCUGAAGAACUUUCAUCUGAGCAUGGUGAGACUCAUGAAAAUGUAGAAGAGGAAAUAGAGGUAGAGGAGCAGUAUACAAAUGACAGCUCUAUGGAAACUCAAACUGAUUAUGAGCAUAAGUUGGAGGAGGAACUUCCUCAUUCAAAACCAAUUGAAGAGCCAUUUGGGAGAGAUAGUGAAGAUGUAGAAUCCUAUGUAGAGAUGUUAGAUGAAGUACAUAAAGAUAAAUUGGUUCAAGCUAUGCAGAAAGAAAUGUAUGCUUUAUAUAAGAAUCACACUUUUGAUUUGGUAGACCUUCUAAAAGAUAGUUUAUUUGCUGUUAGCUUGGUAUCCAGGUUCAUGCACAAUCUAUCAUUACACCAUCUGGAGGCAGCAAAACAUGUUCUACGUUACAUCCGUGAAACUACUGAAUAUGAAAUUUGGUAUAAAUCAGAUGUUUGUUUUAACUUACUUGGUUACACUGAUAGUGACUGGGCAGGAGCUGUAGAUGAUAGAAGGAGCACAAGCGCUUAUGUUUUUACACUUGGAUCAGGUUAUAUAUCAUGGUGUUCAAACAAGCAAAGUACGACGACAUUAUCAUCUUCUGAAGCAGAGUAUAUUGCGGGAUCUGCAACUACUUGUCAGGCAAUUUGGAUGCAUCGAGUUUUGGAAGAUCUUGGUCAAAGUCAAACUGAAGGAACACCAAUCCAUUGUGACAACAAGGCAACUAGAGCAAUGACAAGAAAUCCGAUUUACCAUGGAUGGACAAAACAUAUUGAACUUCGUCAUCAUUCCAUUCAAGAGAUUGUUGGUAAAGGUCAAAUCGUGUUGAAGUAUUGCUCAACCAAUGAGCAAGUUGCAGAUGGGUUUACUAAGGCACUUUCAUAUGCAAAAUUUGUGAAGUUUCGGUCUCACCUUCGUGCUUCAAACUUUGCAUUAAGGGGGAGUGAUGAAAGUUAA